GUCGCGCGCGACGUCCACAGCCAGUCGCACGGUGGAUGUAGGGAAGAUAGGACGGAUGGUGGAGGUGUAGAGUGCCGAAGCACGGCGGGCACUGCUGGACGGUCUGCAAAAUCUUUCUUUCUCGUGUACGACCGCGAAGUCAGGUCUCUUGCUCUCGCACGCGACACUCUUGUAAAUACCCGGGGUUGGAUCGCGUGCGCGGCGGACGUCGCCCGCGGCUACGUGAAUCCCGCCAGGUAAUUCGCGACAGCGGAGCACUGCCGUUGGCUACCGCAGCUGCUGCUACCUCUACCGUCGCUGCUGCUGCUCUUUCUUCAUCACCACUGCCUCUCUCGCCCGCGUUGGUCGACCGAAUCUACCACAGGCCUUCCCGUACACACACGUCUGCGUCGGGAAAUGGAGCUCGAGCAGGCGGCGUCGCUGGCCACCACGGACUCGGAUAAGCAACGGUCCAAAGAGAUCGCUAAUGCGGCCGGGAAUCAUAACGAUACUCAUAUCAAUGGGAUGUCCAAUGGCUUUGACAAAAAGAGGGAACACAAGUCCGAACAUAGGGACAAAGAUAGAGAAAAGUCUCACAAGUCAGAUCACAAAGACAGAAGCAAGGAUAAAGAAAAGAAUCACAAAAGCGAACAUAGGGAUAAAGACAGAGACAGACAUAAACAUAGUUCCAGUUCCAUCAAGGAUAAAGAGAAGCAUGACAGCAGUAGUAAGGAUAAAGACAAGGAGAAGAAGAGUUCAUCUGGCAAAGAGAAGGAACAUAAAAGCAGCAGCAGCAGUUCCUCUAGCAAGGAUAAGGACAAGAGCAAAGACAAGGAACAUCAUCAUAAGUCAAGCUCUAAAGACAAAGACAAGGACAGACAUCAUAGCAGUUCCAAGGAUAAGGAUAGCUCGACCAAGGACAAGGAUAGUUCGAAGAGUAAGGAUAAGGAUAGGCAUAGACAUAGUUCCUUGAAUUCUAGCUCGCGUGAUAAAGAUAAGGACAAGGAUAGAAGCAUCUCAAAGGAUAAAGAGAAAGACAAAAAACACUCGUCGGAUAAAGACAAGGAGAGACAUUCCACUUCUCAUUCAGGCGAUAAGGAAAAACAUCGUUCAUCGGACAAGGAUAAAGACAAGCACAGCUCGUCGUCCAGUAAAGACAAGCAUCGCCAUGAGAAAGACAAGGACAAAGACCGCCAUCGGCACGAUAAAGACAAAUCUAAGCAUCGCGAGGACAAGGAGAAAAAGGAGAAAGAUGUGAAGGAGGAGGUGAAAAUAAAAGAGGAGCCGAAAGAAGAGCCGAUGGUGAAGAUAAAUCAUGCGAUUAACGAAGGGUUGCGCAUCAACCCGAACAUAAAGCUGCAGAUAAAAGAAGAACCGAUGACGCAAUUGGAUCUAGAUGACGAUGAUGAUAGCGGUGGCGAGCAACCGCUUUACAUCAAGGAAGAGGAUGACGAGGAAGAACCAAAGGAGGAAGAGGCUAGCAUGGAUUCGACGGACGGGAACGAUACCAGACUCUCGGAUCUCCAUAACACUACGAUAAAGACUGAAGACGAUUCGGAGGAGGACAAGCCACUGUCUGCGAGGUCUAAGGUAUCGCCAAGUGUUAAGAGGAAGAAGGCCAACUCGGACGACGAGGAAGACAUGCCGCUGAUGACGCGUAAGAAACCGAAGAAAACCAGUCCGAAGGCCAAGAAGAAGAAACGGAAAUAUGACGACGACGAAGAGUCCGACGAGCCCGAAGAAAAACCAAAGAAGAAGAAAAACAACACGAAAGCGGUGAAAGUAGAGACUCCCAGCCCGAGGAAGAAGAAGCAGGAGGAGGAGCCCGAAGUUUGGAAAUGGUGGGAAGAGGAGAAGAAGAGCGACGGCACAAAAUGGCACUUCCUGCAGCACAAAGGGCCAGUUUUCGCUCCGCCCUAUGAGCCUCUACCACCUACGGUGAAAUUCUAUUACAAUGGCAAAGAGAUGAAACUGAGCCAAGAUACAGAGGAAGUCGCGACCUUUUAUGCGCGCAUGUUGGACCACGAUUAUACCACCAAGCCUGCAUUUAACAGUAACUUCUUUGGCGACUGGCGAGAUGUAAUGACCGAGUCGGAGCGUGCCAAAAUCACAGAUCUGUCCAAGUGCAACUUCAAGGAGAUGCACACGUACUUCUUGCAAAAGAGCGAAGAGCGUAAAGCGAUGACGAAAGAGGAGAAGCAGAAGAUCAAGGAGAAGAAUGAGGAGACCCAAAAGGAGUACGGUUUCUGUGUCAUCGAUGGUCACAAGGAGAAGAUCGGUAACUUCAAGAUCGAGCCACCAGGCCUAUUCCGUGGCCGUGGCGAGCAUCCAAAGAUGGGCAAGCUGAAGAAACGAGUGCUGCCGGAGGAUGUGUUGAUCAACUGCUCGAAAAACUCCAACAUACCGAAGCCGCCAGCUGGUCACAAGUGGAAAGAGGUGCGACACGAUCCAAACGUCACCUGGCUCGCUUCCUGGACGGAGAAUAUUCAAGGCCAGGUGAAGUACGUGAUGCUGAACCCGUCCAGCAAGCUCAAGGGCGAGAAAGACUGGCAGAAAUACGAAACAGCGCGGAAACUGGCGCAGUCAAUCGACAAAAUUCGCGCAGAGUACCGCGAAGAUUGGAAGAGUAAGGAAAUGCGCAUCAGGCAACGCGCCGUCGCCUUGUACUUUAUCGAUAAGUUGGCGCUUAGGGCUGGUAAUGAGAAGGACGAGGAUCAGGCGGACACUGUAGGCUGUUGCUCAUUGCGGGUGGAACAUAUAAAGCUGCACGAGCAAAAAGAUGGGAAAGACUACAUAGUUGUAUUUGACUUUUUAGGUAAAGAUUCUAUACGGUAUUAUAACGAAGUGCCAGUGGAGAAACGCGUUUUUAAGAACCUUCAACUUUUUAUGGAGAACAAAUCUCCCGGAGAUGAUUUAUUCGAUCGGCUCAACACUACUGUUAUGAACAAACAUCUGAAUGAACUGAUGGAAGGUCUCACCGCUAAAGUAUUCAGAACUUACAACGCGUCGUGGACGCUGCAACAACAAUUGGACAAACUCACGGAUCCCAACGACACGGAGGCGGAGAAGAUCCUGUCGUAUAACAGAGCUAAUCGCGCCGUCGCCAUACUGUGUAACCAUCAGCGUUCCGUACCAAAGACGCACGCAAAGUCAAUGGAGAACCUGAAGGCGAAGAUAGAGGCUAAGAAGGAGACGAUAUCCGAGGCCGAAUUGCAAGUGAAGGAUGCCAAACGGGAUGCGAAGCACGGUUCGGUGAAAGAAAAGAUAGUAUACGAGAAGAAGAAGAAACAAUUAGAACGAUUAAAAGAACAAUUAACAAAGUUGGAGGUCCAGGCAACCGAUCGAGAAGAGAACAAAGAGAUCGCGCUGGGUACCUCCAAGCUGAAUUAUCUUGAUCCUAGAAUUUCCGUCGCAUGGUGUAAGAAGCACAACGUGCCGGUUGAAAAAAUAUAUAACAAGACCCAGAGGGACAAGUUUAGAUGGGCAAUAGACAUGGCGGGGCCCGACUACGUUUUUUAACUUCGUGGGAGUUCGUCGUCACGUACGUUACGAGAAGAUGUCUCCCUUUGACAUUGUAUUUAGUGAAUUUUGCGUUUUAGGAAAGUCGGAAAACUAAACGAGAUUGAUCGGGCGAGAAAGAGAGGAAGAGAGAGAGAGAGAGAGAGAAAGAGAGAGAGAGAGGAGAAAAAGUGAGAGGAAAGGGAAAGAAAUAAAAAUAAAUACAGCGAAAGAAAGAAUGUGAGAAAUUCAGAAUUUUUUACACGAAUACACAAUAGCAAAAUAUAAAUGUGAGAGUGUGGGAACAUAUUUUCUAUAGGAUAUUCGCGCGAUCAUAUAAAUUAGUCGACGAAAGGCGACUAUAUAUAUACCUAGAGGUGUGCAAUUAAAAUUCGUCGACACCCCGGUAGCCGAUUACGUGCUUGGCAUUUGCCACCGAAGCAGAUUUGUUGUUUUAGCUGCGUCACUUCGCCGAGUUCGUCUAUACUGUGUACGACAGCCGUCUGUCUCCCGAGCGAGAUCACGAACAAAUUAGAUGGCGAAAGCGUGAGAAAGCAAAACACGAUCGGGGGAUAGUCUUUGCGCGAGCGCGAGGGCCAUGUAUCGUAACUUUGUUUUGUUUAUUAGGUAGAAAUUUAUAUUUACGUACGUGUGAAUUAGGAAAAUAUAGCACCGAAUUUGUGCGGAAAAAAAAAAAGAAAAACAUCUAAAUCCUAAGACGCAGUAUCAAAGGGUGCGAAGAAGGAUGACGCAUGUAUGAAGCGUUAGCUGCGUUAUUAUGUAUAUAUAGAAGGAUUCGUGAGUAAACACGAACACAAUUUCACAAAUACGCAUUCAUAUUUAAAAAAAGGAAAAAAAUAAACACUGGAGAAGGCAGCUGGAUUUUAUAUUUCCUUAAAAACACACAUACACGAACAUUACAUAUAGUACAUACACGUACACUUGUUUCUCUCAUAAAUGUAUGAUAAUGUCAUUUCAUCAAGUAUCAUUCACAUUUUACAUUGCGUAUGAAAACAUAUAUAUAUAGGAUAUUACCGAUAUCGUGCACUACUUUUUUUAUAUAAAAAAAAAGCAGAAAAGGAAAAAACGAGAAAACUGGAUCAAGAGAGACGAUUAGACAAAUUAUGCGAUUCAGAGGCCCAUGAUGGACGCAUAUCGAGCGCUAAGUAUGUUUUGAUUUCCAAGCUGGAACAAGUGGCGUUAUACCUAACGCCACUUCAAGAGAAAACGAAACUUGGGAUUAAAAGGAUAUACUUAACGUUCGCUAUGUACGCCCAGAGAAUAUAGCCCAAUAUUACCGUUCCCCAAAACUGAAUCCUACGUAUAACAUAAAAAAAAAACAACGGAACAUAUGAAUAUAUUUAUAUAUAUUUAAGUGAAUCGUCGCUUUUUUAGCGAUUUAUGUUUUAUAAGACAAUGUGUCUAGGCGCUAUAAUAAUAAUAAUAUAAUAAACGAGAAACUGGCGUAUUCUUUGAUUUUUUUUAGUGUUAUCUGCAUAUUUCGCGUCUCACACUGGAAGAUAGCACAUAACAAACACACACACAUACAUACAUAUAUAUAAUAAUAUAUGUAUACGUAUAUUUUAUGCUCACUUGACGAUAAGAAGGCGUAGGCAUUAAGCUUCCCAUUUUCGCAGUCGAAUCGAGACAUUCUGGCGUAUGUGCUUAAAUAUAUACACACAUAGACACACAUAUCUGUAUAUAUGUGUGUGUGUAUGUAUGUAUAUAUGUAUGUAUGUAUGUAAGAUACAUUAUUUCGUUGAUAUUCUUUGCUUUUGUUUUACACGUCGCUACGUAAUUAUUAUUAAUUCCCUCCGUAAGUGGGAACUGCUUGCAUUCACAGAAAUGAUUAUUGUUACGUUAAGCUUGUACAAGUCCGCUUGUUCUCGAUCCGCUGAAGAUGAGUUAGAAGCGUCGAUAAGAAGGAAUUAGAGAGAUAGAGAGAGGGAGAGAGACGUGAAGCUACUAUUGCGCUAUUCGCACUAUUUAUCUCGGAGAAUGUAUAACGUUCCGACGAAUCUACUGUUACACAUGUGCAUAAAACGUAUGGAAUCAUUACUCGUACAUGUAAUUAUACGACUAAGUAUACAGGUAGAUAAUAUUCAAUGAAUUUGUAAUGCUAAAUUAUACAUUACGUCACGACACGACGCGUACGUAUGUACGACGACGACGACGACGGAGAGUUUGCGCGCAUCCUCGCCGAAGAAAGCGAAAGAUCAAACGUCGGCGACGGCGCUUGUCUCGUCGUAUGCACUUUUCUCAUCUCGGCGCGUAGACACGUCGCGUAACAGGAGCGAAUAAUGUAUAUUAUAGUACGCGAAGACCGAUCAUCGUCGAGUUCGGCGAUUCAGACGACGACGUGCGUGCUCAGAUUCGGGUGUGCUACGAUGAUUUUUUUUACGUUUAUUCGCGGAGUAAACGAAACGUGAUAUUCGACUUGUAAGGUCCCUUUCUCUCGCGUUCGAGAAAGCACGUCGAAGACCGAGCUCGUCGGGAUACGCGAAUCGGUUGCGGUCCUCGCGCGCGAGAUGUAUGCGACAUGACUUUUGUAAUGUGCGAAAGACAAAUUGUGUGAAACUUCUCUUACUCGCUGCUGUUACCGUGAGAGAAGAUCCAUCGAAUACGACUUCCGCAUCGUUGACAGCUGCGAAGAGAGCGGAAGAAAGAGGAGGGGAAUAACUUCAGUUUUGGGGAUCGGUGAUCUCGGUGUCUCGAACGGGUGAAACGGGGAGGGGAGGAGGGGGGGUAAUUAAAUUCGAAGCGGAAAGGUGGAACAGCCGUUCACAGCCACUCGCAAUAUGAAUAUAAUAGCAAUGUAAGUGUCAUGUGAUGAUGCGCGACGAGGGGGGGGAUGGGAAUUAAGAGAAAAAUACCGCAAUGAGAUAGAAUCGCAAGCGGCGGGCGCGAGCCUUGCGGAAUCAGAGCACAGCUCCAUAGGUUUUUAACUUUUACUACAAACGAGAACUCGACUAAGAGUGCAAUUGAUAUUUAGUACAAUUCCGUGCCCGCGCGCACAACAGCGGGACGCAGGAUUACACACGUGUAUGUUUCUCAGUGAUUAUCACUUCGAUAUACAUAUUAUUGGAAUAAUAAAAGAGUCUUAGUGCCGGA